CCCAGCCACUGAACGUCCUUGGCCCCGCCCAGCGACGGCGGCCGGCCUGGCGCCGGUUCGGUCUGGCAGAGGGAGGGCCUGGGCGGUGGGAGGGAGGUUACCUUUCCCUCUCUCACCCUCCGCCGCCCGAAGCGGGAGGAAGAAGCCGCGGCAAAGUCCGUGGGAGGCAUGGCAGAAGCUCCGGAUGAGCGCGAGCCGGGCUCCGUGGCAGGGGAGCAGCUGCAGCAACAACACGUCGGGUGCCAAGUCUUCUCCGAGCGGCUGGCUCAGGGGAAGCCACAGCAAGCGUUCCUCUCCAGUUUCUUCACCAACAACCAGAAGUGCCAGCUUAUGCUCUUAAAGACGUUGGCCACAAAUCCAUAUGUCAAACUUCUACUUGAUGCCAUGAAGCAUUCAGGUUGUGCUGUUAACAAAGACAGACACUUUUCUUGUGAAGAUUGUAAUGGAAAUGUCAGUGGAGGUUUUGACGCUUCAGUGUCUCAGAUUGUUCUGUGCCAGAAUAAUAUCCAUAAUCAGGCCCAUAUGAACAGAGUGGUCACCCACGAGCUCAUUCACGCGUUUGAUCAUUGUCGUGCUCAUGUCAAUUGGUUCACCAAUGUCAGACAUUUGGCCUGCUCUGAGGUUCGAGCUGCUAACCUGAGUGGAGACUGCUCGCUUUUAAAUGAAAUAUUCAGGUUGCAUUUUGGAUUAAAACAACACCAUCAGACUUGUGUGCGAGACAGAGCCAUUCGUUCUAUCCUGGCUGUUAGGAACAUUAGCAAAGAAGUAGCUCAGAAAGCUGUUGAUGAAGUUUUUGAGUCUUGUUUCAAUGACCAUGAACCUUUUGGAAGGAUCCCUCAUAAUAAGACCUAUGCAAGAUAUGCUCAUAGAGACUUUCAAAACCGGGAUCGAUACUACUCAAAUAUAUGAAGACAAUGAUAUUUUAUACUAUAGAGCUUCAGUGAUGAAGAAAGUAUGGUUCCUAAGCGGACAAACAUAAAUGAUCAAUUAAAUACAGGGAAGACACAGAAGAUGCUGAUUCUAACAUCAGAAAAAGUAACUGUGGUGAGAAAUGAAAUUGCCUUAAAUGCGAAGGCAAACACUGUAUCUUUGUAGCUUUGGAUCUUCAUUUACCAGUUGGUAAAUAAAGCAAAUAAAUUGUUAAUUUAA